CUCUCUCUCAGUAUUAUUUAAGGGCUUCCAGCAACUCCCCCUCUUAGAAUCAUCUCUGCUUGGGUCUUACUAGACUCUAGUAACAGGAGAGACCUUUCAUUCAGGAAGACACAGACUUUUAAAGUAGCAGCUGGAGAAUACUGGGCUUUCUGUUUGUUUUUUAAAAUAUGUAUUCCUCUGUGUUCCUGCUUUUUGCUCUCUGGUCUUCUGCAUCUACUCUGGAACUGGAUGAGUAUGAUGACCUCUUUUUCCUGAAUUUUGACAAUGAAGUAGAAAGUGUAAUUCCUGCUACGGAAGAAACUAUUUCCUGCGAUUGUCAGCGGGAACACACAGAGUGGGACAAACUCUUCAUUAUGCUUGAGAACUCCCAGAUGAAAGAAAACAUGCUGCUACAGUCCCUGGAUGAAAUCCUUAAAGUGGAGCUGCAGACAUUGAGAGGGGAACUGCUGCAAUUUUUGGAAAACUUUGCUGGCACAUGCACCACGUACAUUGAAAAAGCUGCCUCUCAGUUUUUGAGCCAAAUGGACCAGAUGCUGGUAAAGAACAGUGGAGAAUCUGAAGACUUUUUCGGGAUGCUUCCUGAAUCUAAGCAAGGAAAAAUCCUCAAAGAAAUUCUGCAGCUGAGCCAAAAUGUGUCCAGCAGACUCAGCCGCCUGGAACAUGCUUGGCAAAGGAGAGAGGAGGUGGAUGCUCAGCAGAGGGGUUUGUCAGAGAAAGUCAGAGUCAGUUACAUCACAAGUGGGGACGAUUUCAUUGUGAAAUCACUGUGGCAAGAACUUCAGGAAACAAAAGCUGAACUGAAAGAAUCCCAAAAAAGGACCACACAGCACUUAUUACCAGUUGGUUGUGAAACAGCUCUUUUAUUCCCAAUGCGUUCCAAAAAGAUCUUUGUGAGUGUUCAUCCAACUACCCCAUUGAUCCUCCAUUCUUUUACCGCCUGUACAUGGAUAAAAUUAACUGAAAUGCUGGACAAAACUAUUGUAUUCUCAUAUGGAACAAAGAGAAAUCCUUAUGAAAUCCAACUCUAUCUGAGCUAUGGUUCAGUAGUUCUUGCUGUAAGUAAUGAUCACAACAAGAUAAUUGCCCCAAAUGUCAUCUCUUCUGAACAGUGGGCUCACCUUUGUGGCUCUUGGAACACAAUUAAUGGAAGUACAUCAUUGUGGAUAAAUGGAAAGAAUGUGGCAACUGCUGCAGAAAUAGCUGAGGAUUACAUCAUUCCAGAUGGUGGGCUUUUGCAGAUUGGCCAAGAAAAAAAUGGCUGCUGUGUUGGAGGUGGUUUUAAUGAAUCUUUAGCUUUUUCUGGGAAAAUAACUGGUUUUAAUAUUUGGAGCAAAGUUCUCAAUGAGAAAGAGAUAACAAGACAAACUAGAGAAGAGGCAUGUAACAACCGUGGCAACAUAGUUGGGUGGGGGGUUACUGAGGUUCUGCCUCAUGGAGGUGUUCAAUAUGUUUUUGGGCCCUGAAUUAAUAUGCUUCUGGUGCUUUAUAAACUCACCAAAAAGACAGAAUCUAGGAAUUAUUCUAAGGGCAGUCACACAGCAUAGCUGCUACAUGGAAAUCUCAAUAGAAAAGCAGUAGUAUGAAGCAAACCUUCCCAUUCUUGGUGCGUGAUUUAGCCCUGGUUCAUCCAGGAAUCUGUGAAUGAGGCACCUCAUGGCAGGAAGCCUCUGGGUGACUGCAGAAGCUUUGGCCACCUCACUCCUAAUUCAAUGGACUUCUGAGUCCAUAAAGAAGAAUGGUGCUGCUAGAGGGUGGACAGAUGAAUGAACAGCAUUGAGAAAGGGUUAGGAAAAAAGAAUAGCUCUCCACAAAUAGCUAUAGCCACUUUUAGAACAAAGAACUUCUAAGUCAGAGUUGGAGGCAUUUUCAACCACAUGAAUCCUCAUUCACAGACACACAGAAAAUGCUGGUUUCCAUGUGUCAAAUAUAUAAAACUUGUUCUUAAAUAUAUCUCAUGAAAGGGUAAUACUGUAAACAUAUAGCGCUGAACUGAGGUAUAGAUGCAAAAUUGUGUUAGCAAACAAAGUCAAAUGUAGCUUAAAAGACAUACUGAAAAACUAUAUUGGAAUAAUUAUUAAUGCAGAGGCUGAUCUCAUCACAGGUUUAAUAUUAUGGAAUUCAAAACACAUAGGGGUCAUUUGAGGAUCCCAGGCAUGCCAACAAAUGGUAGGGUCUUUACAGAGCUAAUACUGUGCUGUCUUUUUCAGGUUCCAUGUUUGUAGAUUUUAUAUCAUUAAUGUGAAUUUUGCAGAUGAACUAUAUAAGUGUCAUGGCAUAAUAUCUGCUGGUUUUGUUCCCUGUUUACUGAUAUGUACACUUUAAUGAAGCUAGAGUCUUGCCCAAGAUAUUAUUUAUACUGGAAGUCCAUCUAGCAUUCAGAUAAGUACAGUUUUCUUUUAUGAAAUGGAUAAAGCUGUAUUAUAUUGUAAAUUGAUCAUGUACUAACAUUAUUGAAAUUAUUUUUUAUAAAAUUGUACUGUAAAUAAAAAUCCUUUAUCGGA